CGCUGCCCUUGCAGGUCCGCCGGUUGCUGCUGCGCGCAGGUCCCCGUUGUCGGCGCCGCCUUCCCCUCGCCGGCGCUGCCCUCGGGCCGGGCCCGCUGCGGGGCCAUGGGCGAGCAACGGGAGCGCCCUGCGUCUUGCGGUGCUGCUAGGCCGCAGGGGGACGAGGUGAGCAGGGCAGAUUGGGAUCUCCAUCUCCCCGGAUGGGUGCGCGCGUUUCCCGGGGAUCAGGCCCCCGUCGAACCCGGAGGCCCUUACACCCGAGCAGGCGUGCGCAUGAUCGGGCGGAGGGGGCCAGGAUCGAGCUCCAGGGCCGCGAUCCUAUGCUCGCGCUUACUCGGGAGUCAACUCCGCUGCGCUCCGUGGCUCCGACUUCGAGUAAAACUUAGCUUAUAUAAUACGUCAUUGAGUUUUCAGCGAGGCGGCGUAGAAAACCAGCGCAUCCUCUACGACUCUUGUGUUCUUUUACUUUUUGAAAAAUUAUUUAUUUGGUUCUUCAGAUAAAGUUUUACAAUCACAUAUGCAACAUACAUCAUAAAAACAAAAUUCCAAAGAAUCUCCUGGACUUCCCUCCUCCCCUUUCUGGGUCCCAAUGUUAGUCAUUUCCUCCUGCAUCUUUUAUAAUAAUCCAAAUCUUUUACAUCUCCGUUAUAUUCAAAAUUCACUAUUAAACUACAAGUGUUAUUCCAAUCCUACUAACGAUUUUAACUGUUUACAAUUAUUUUUAAGCUAAAUUAUAAAUUCCUCCCAUUACUUAUUAAAAUUUUGGUCUUCCUGAUUUCUGAUUCUUCCGGUCAUUUUUGCCAUUUCGGCAUAAUUCAUCAACUUAAUCUGCCAUUCUUCUCUGGUUGAGACUUUUAUCUUCUUUCCAUCUCUGGGCCGAUGUUAUUGACUACUCGUUGUGUUCUUGCUUUAGAGAUUGUUACCGUCUUCCGGUGAGACUGAGGAUGGCUUAAAAUCGGGCGAAGAGCCUCUUUUAAGGAAAAACCCUCGCCGCUUUGUCAUCUUCCCCAUCCAGUAUCCAGACAUUUGGAAAAUGUACAAGCAGGCGCAAGCUUCCUUCUGGACAGCGGAAGAGGUGAGUGUAACAACAUGCAGAUGUAAGGGUGUGUUUGUGCGUGCAGGUGUGUAUUCUGUGUCCUGCUGUGUUAGAGGCAUCACAGUUUCCACAAUGACAAUGGGGUUCCUAUGCAAACAAAGCAAGCUUAAGUCUAUGCUCAACUUGCGUAGUUCAACACCACUUUCAAGACGUUUCUGAAACAUUUCAGGACAUUUCAGAAGAGGAGGCGGCUGGGUAUCCAGUUCUCAAGUGGCUUCAGGUUGCUUUUUGGAGAAGUUCCACAAACACGAUAACUGCACUCUGUUGCUGCUGUUGCCCAGAAACAGAUAUUCAGAUAUUGGGGCCGAACACAGCCAUCAUGGCUAGUAGCCAUUGAUAGGCUUAGAAUUUGCUAUAAUUCUUAAUGGAUAGUUCUAAGAAUUUGCCUAAUUCCAUUUUAAAGCCACCCAAAUUGGUGUCCACAGCUACAUCGUUUAGUGAAUUCCAUAUUUUGACUAGGCACUGUGUGGAGAAAUAUGCCUUUUUGCCUUGAAUAUUCCAACAUUCAUCUUCAUUGCAUUACCUCCUGUUCUGGUAUUAUGAGAGAAGAAGAAAAACUUCUCCACAGAAUGCAUCAUUUUAUAUUCCUCUAUCAUGACCACCCUCACUUACUUUUUUUCUAAACUAAAAACACCUCAAACACUGUAUAGGCUUCGUAGGGGAGUUCUUCUAGCCACUUAAUUAUUUUAGGAGAAUAAAAAGACAGGAAGGGUCAAGAGACCUAGGAAAGCCAGACUUCAGGGACAGCUAGGAGAGAGGGUGACGAAAGCCUGACUCCAUUCACUGAUGUCACAACCACACCAUACAUUUAAGGCACUCUUGUACCACUUUAAAAGUCAUGGCUUCUCCCAAAGAAUUCUGGGAGCUGUAGCUUGUAAAGGGUGCUGAGAGUUGUAGAUACAUAACUAACACUUGCCCCAAAGAGGCUCACCUGGCGCUGUCAUUGUCAUCUAUCUGGCACCAGGCAAAGACUUCUCCCAGGCAUUUGAACACUGAUAUGGGCCACUGAUAAUGUGCUGUUUUAGGUAGACUUUCUGGAAGCUGCUGAUUCAUCUUUUUGUGUCUGAUUUGUUGAGUAUAGAUGAACUUUUAGCAUAUUAAUAAAAGAAUUAUGUGGCACCUUAAACUCUUAAUACAUUUAUUGUGGUUCGAGGACCCGAACCCCGCGCAGUGGAAUGAAACACAAGGACACGUGAUAUAAGGUUAAUGGGCAAGAAAAGGCCACAACUUUAUUGAUUACAGCAAGUGAAAAGGUAUUGGCUUAGGCAUUGGAUUACGUCAGCUGACUCCACCCACUCGGAGAGGGGUGAGUCUAAAAAACAAAGGGGGUUUACUCACCAGUAGGUGGAGCCUGUUGAUGCUAAUCCAACUAUAAGCUCUCCCCUGAUGUCACCGAGGGUCAUGCCAUGGCCUCCCGCCAAGCAGGCAUCGGACAGAAUACACGACCGCCGGAUUCCUUUAACGGAAUACCCAAAAAAUGAAGGCGCAGGCGAUGGCCACACCUAGCCCUUCGACACCGCAACACAUUAUUCCAAUGCCUAACCUACCCACCAAUACCACGAAAGUUGUGACGAUUGCUACGAGGUAGGCAAAAAAACCAAAAGGCCUAAUGCCAAAUGGAAAAAUUCCUACCAGGCCCCCCGGACAACCAGGGUGACCAAACUAAGGUCCAUAGCAAGGCCAAAAGAAAACUGGAAACCCUGCUCUAAGGGAGUGGAGGGUGGGUGGCUCACGACUGGAUGACAAAAAGUGAGGGCUGGAGGCUGGCGCCGCAGCAAUUUAGGCUGCUGUACACGCCCCCUUGAAGGCACCUGGUUGGGUGCCUGGCCGUGGGCGCCAGCCAGGUGGGUGGGAGGCAGGGGGCAAACGCCCCCUGCUUGAGGCGGAGUCCGGCUCCCGGCCACAACCACUCCCCUCUCUUGCAGGGAGGAGAGUCUUUACAGCACAAGCUUUUGUGGACUAGAGAAAGGAGAAAAUGGUAAGGCAGUAACUGAAUGGCAAUAAGAUACAAAAAUUGCAGUCAGUGACGCUGAGAGCUCAAUAUAUGCUAGAUAGAUACACCUUUAAAAUUUUACCGUAAUAGAUUGAUGAUAACUCCUGAAAUGAUUGUAUUUACACCUGCAGUGGGGCAGGGAACAGUUAACAAGAAAUGAUCAUAGAUAGUGCAGAUAUCCUGGCAUAUUUAGUGUACUGUUUCUUAAUUUAUUUUUAAUUAAUUGUAUUGAUUUUGUGUUUAUUAUUUGUUAUUGCUGUUAGCCAUUUUGGGACUUUUGGAGGAGUGGUGAUAAUAACAAAAUUAAUAACAUGUCUUUGAACAAGUUAUGGGCAUCCUCUUUCCCUGUCCACUUGCAAACUAUCCAGUCCUUGCAAAUGUCUUUAAAUGGAGCACAAGGCAUCGUGGAGAGAAGCUUUGUAGGAACUAUAUGAAUGUGGUGGGUCGGUGGAUAUUGGUUUGUUUUGGUUUUGUUGCACUUGUGCUUUUGUAUUUAGUGUUCUUAUCUUGUAUCUUUAUGUUGUGAGCUGCCUUGAGAUCUACAGAUGAAAAAACAGUAUAGAAAUUUAAUAAAUAAAGAAUUUGCCAUUUCAUUUCCCUCAAGAGUUUCUUUUGUCUUACAGAUUUAUUAUUGAACCACUAAAUUAUAAAUUUGCAAUGAAUUUUUCUUCUUCCUCACAAAGGUUGACUUAUCAAAGGAUCUUCCUCACUGGAACAAACUGAAACCCGAAGAAAAAUACUUUAUUUCACAUAUCCUGGCUUUUUUUGCAGCCAGCGAUGGAAUUGUGAACGAAAACCUGGUAAGAUACUUUAUGGGCUGCUUUUCUAACCCUGUGCUGCCUGCCUUAUUUGCUGUUUCAGCACCUGCAGUCAAGCUGAUGAAACACUUUGGCAUUUGACCUCAAGGCUUAUUUGCCAUUAGUGUUUUGAGCAAGCAGUUCAAAUAUUUAAGGUCCUUAGAUAAGUUGGCACUUGAGGAUUGCAGCUCCAAUGUUGAUACGAAACACCCAUUCCCUUGGCCAUAGUUUCCUGUCGUCUGAUAACUACAUCAAAUGUAGUGCUUUCCAGUGAUGGUAGAAUCAUGCACCCUUCUAUGAGUUGUUAAGAAUGUAUAUGUGUGAAUUACCUCUAACCUUCUUUUCUUGUCAGGUGGAACGUUUUAGUCAGGAAGUGCAGAUCCCAGAAGCUCGCUGUUUCUAUGGCUUCCAGAUACUAAUAGAAAAUGUUCACUCAGAGAUGUACAGUUUAUUAAUUGACACUUACAUCAAAGAUCCUGAGAAAAGGUAAUCACCGUAAGUAUUGCCACAAUAUAGAGGAUUUCUGUAUUGUGUUCUUUCCAUACUGAAUGACAUAACAGGAGAGAUCACUACAGUGGUACCUCAGGUUAAGAACUUAAUUCGUUCUGGAGGUCCCUUCUUAACCUGAAACUGUUCUUAACCUGAGGUACCACUUUAGCUAAUGGGGCCUUCUGCUGCUGUGCCGCCGCUGCACGAUUUCUGUUCUCAUCCUGAAGCAAAGUUCUUAACCUGAGGUACUAUUUCUGGGUUAGUGGAGUUUGUAAUCUGAAGCAUCUGUAACCUGAAGCGUCUGUAACCCGAGGUACCACUGUACAGCAUUAAGCCACAGUGGGACUUGGUUCCAAUAUUCCUCCCUUCCUUCUACGAGGAGGAGGUAAAAACAUCUACUUCCUCCUUUCAACAAACCACAGUUCACUGCGACUUCUCAGCUUGGGAAUUGCGGUUUGUUUAAAGCUAAACUAUGGUUAGGAGAGGAUGCGGGUGGCGCUGUGGGUUAAACCACAGAUCAGAAGGUCGGCCGUUCAAAUCCCCACGACGGGGUUAGCUCCCGUUGCUCAGUCCCUGCUCCUGCCAACCUAGCAAUUCGAAAGCAUUUCAAAGUGCAAGUAGAUAACUAGGUACCGCUCCGGUGGGAAGGUAAACGGCGUUUCUGUGCGCUGCUCUGGUUCACCAGAAGUGGCUUCGUCAUGCUGGCCACAUGACCCAGAAGCUGUACGCCGGCUCCCUCGGCCAGUAAAGCGAGAUGAGCACUGCAACCCCAGAGUCGGCCACAACUGGACCUAAUGGUCUGGGUUCCCUUUACCCUUUAUGGUUAGGAGAAGUCAGAGCCAAAUCAUUCUUUCAGAUGCUGGUUUGUUUCCAUUAACUAUAGUUUAAAUAAGUCACAGUUCCUCAGAUUUAGAUGGGUUAGUUAAAAAGUAGAUACCGAUGUUUCCAAUCUCCUCACAGGUAUGCUUGCGGCCAAGGUUCAUUGCAGCUCAUUAUCAUAGCAGGAGUUUCAUUAAACUCAAAGCAGUAUUUGCUUUUGUGCUUAAAAGUAGGAAGCAAUAUUCAUCGGAGUAAUCAAAAAUUUGAACUUUUUAAAAAAAAACUUUCCUCUGUAUAAAUGAUACAAGUUAAGAAACUGCAUGCAUUUGUUUAAUUUGAAUAAUUCAGCUUCAAGUAAGUAUGAGAAAGAGCAAGGAACUGCAUGAUAUUGAGGCCCUGCUCUUUGACCUCUAGAAAUAUAACUUCUGAGAUUCUACGAAACACCUUCAAGGCUCAUGACUAGUCAUAUGGACUAGAAACAUCAUUUUAAAACCGUGAUUCUUAAAAUGCUGGGAAUUCUGCACCAAUUAAGGCUUCACACAGUACUUUCAUGAAAUCGCAGAAUACACACAGCCCUGAAUAAAAUUGUGCAAAAUUACAAAGAUGGAAAAUGUGUGUAGCUAGGAUAGAACGGUGAAUAACUUUCCAUGAAGGGGCUGGAUGUGAGAAAUGAGGUAAAAAGGUAGAAAUUAGUUGAAUACUGGUUUCGUCUCUCUCCCCUAUCCAGUUCGUAUGAUUUUUUUAUUUAUUUAAAGACAGACCAGUCACUAAGUUCACUAGUGGCUUACCUGGACAGGUGUCCAGUCUGUCCUACCAUACCAGUCACUGUUGACCAAAGGGUGACUUUUCCUUCAGAAUUAAUGUGCUGAAAUGAAAUAGCCUUGUUACUCAUGCUGUAAAUUACUCAGUGGUGAAAUGAGUUAAUAUUUCCUUCUAGUUUGAAGGCAGGUUCUGAAAAAGGUUUGUGCCUUAAUGUUCUUCAAGAUGCAAAAGCUUCUUGUUUUGCCACAACAUGCACACAUUCAAAAGAUCAUUUAGUCAUGUAUCUGUUAUGAGAGGAUUGAGCCAUCUGUGGGUGACCCCCUGCUUCAGAUACAGCUGUGUGAAACCGUGAUGGAGCUUGCGGUCAGGGAGGUGGUGGAAGGAGGCUGCUUGUAUCAUCUCAUUUUCCCCACACCUCUUGCCACUUGGGGCUGCGCAAGGCCCUGAUCCUGUUCGGGUUCUGAGUUUGGCCCAGAUUAGGCUGGGCCCCAGAGUGAUCUGGCUGGAAUAGGGCCUGAUCAGGAUUACCAAAUUGGGUUCCAAACUGUAUUGGGGUGUCUUGCACAGCCCUAGGGUGGCAUUCAACUAUGUUUUACUCUUGAGUAGACCUGUUGAAAUUAAUAGCCCUAGCUUAGUCAUGUUCAUUAAUUUCGGUGGUCCGCUUUGGGUAAAACAGCUGAACCACCCAUGUUGUCCGAUGCACGGAUGUGAUACUGGCGCCUCAGAUUCUUGCUAUCUUUUGGUUUGUUUUUUUCCAGGGACUUCUUAUUUAAUGCUAUUGAAACAAUGCCCUGCGUCAAGAGGAAAGCUGACUGGGCACUGAGGUGGAUAAGAGACAGGGAAGCCACUUUUGGUAGGUUGCUUCUGAGUAAUGCAUUCCCACUAUACGUGCCUUAGUUGAGAUAAUGUUUUUGAGUGUUCUGAAGUUGUUUAAUACCUCUCAGUGUAAGAAACUGAACUGGUAUAGAGUAAGACUCUACCUGAGUGGGAGACAAGGAAGGAGGGGCUAUGGUGUUGGUUUGUAUUAUCCUGUGGCUGAAGGUGGUUGAAUGAGCUGGUUAUAAAUUAUACUUAAGAUUACCAGGAUUGGGGCAUUUGUGGAGAGGAGGGACACUCGAGUUCAUACUGCAUUUUUGCAUUUGAUUUUUGUGUUCUCUGAAAAAUAUUUUGUUUUCUUGUUAAUUAUGUUGCUUUCAGUGCAGAUUGUUACUGUAUUUGUCCUGGAAUUUCCUCUCCUUUUAUAUGUUGCAACAUUCUGUUUUACAGUUUGAGGGGUUGGUGUCUGAACUUUGUGACCAUAAUAUGUGUGUGUGGUUUUUUUUUAAUCUCCUCUGAAACAGGCGAGAGAGUGGUUGCUUUUGCUGCCGUCGAAGGGAUCUUCUUCUCUGGUUCUUUUGCAGCUAUAUUUUGGCUCAAGAAAAGAGGACUGAUGCCGGGCCUCACUUUCUCCAAUGAACUCAUUAGCCGAGAUGAAGUAAUGUGGUGGGGGGGCUGAUGUUCAAAAUGGGGUCCAGUCUUGUUCUCUGAAAGCAAAACCAUCCAAAUAAAAGAGUCACAGAUAGUAGAAAUCCCCCCACACUUGAUUUUUUUAAAAAACAACCAGUAGUAUGUGAAUUGUUGAAAUAAAAUAGUGUAAAUGUAUCACUUUAGAUUAAGCACAGCUCAUUUUAAUAAGAAUGAUGUGUUUCCCCCCAACUAAUAAUGCAUGUUGCAGUCUUGAAAUUUUUAAAAUAUGAAAAAUCAGGGUGGGUGGAUUGGAAGCCAACUUGGCCCUGUCUGGACUGCACAUUUAAAGCAGUAUCAUACCACUUUAAACAGCCAUGGCUUCCCCCAAAGAGUCUUGGGGACCAUAGUUUGUCAAGGGGUGCUGAGAGUUGUUGGGAGACUCCUGUUCUCUUUGCAGCUUUAUAUUGCUGUCUUAUCAAUAUCUUCUGGAUAGUUCUAUUCAGAUAUUAAAAUUGUGGGUGGGUGUUGCUGUAAAAAGCUUGGCCCUUUUAACGUUUACUUUAUGAUGGAUGGAUAUAUUUAUGUAUGUAUUUAAGGCGCACAUAUAUACAUAUAUGCACCUUAAACACAUCAAUAAAAGUGGAAAAAGAGAGUUUUUGCUGCUGGUUUGUAGAAGCAAGGUGAGUGUCCCUUAUUUUGCAUUUCAUUCUCAUUUUUCAGGGGCUCCAUUGCAACUUUGCCUGCCUAAUGUUUCAGUAUUUAGUGAAUAAACCUUCAGAAGAAAGAGUCAGAGAGAUUGUUGUCAAUGCAGUUGAAAUUGAACAGGUGAGCAGACGAGUCUCUGGGUUUCUGCACCCAAAAUACUAUUCCUCUUAAAAAGUCAGGUGCCUGCUCUGCUCCACUUUUGCACCAGUCACUGUUUGUCACUACAGUUGCUUCAGGAUGGAGCACCUUGACACCCAUCUCCAAAUCUCAAUGUGUUGUAGCUGUGGCUCUAUUUAAAGUGGCCUAUGUUAACACGGUAAUCAGACUAUAAUGGGUUAUUCCUAAGUAGCUGGAACCGUGCUCCUCCUAAAAUAUUUUACCUUUUUCUAAUUUACAGGAGUUUUUGACAGAGGCCUUGCCGGUUGGCUUAAUUGGAAUGAAUUGCACUCUGAUGAAGCAAUAUAUUGAGUUUGUAGCAGAUCGGUUACUUCUGGAACUGGGCUUCUCCAAGGUAAGGUAGUUCAGGAAGAUAGAAACAUUUAACACUAGUCUCCUUACAAUGCAAUCCUAAUCAUGCAGUCUAAGAAGUAAGUCCUGUUGAAUUCAAUGGAGCUUACUCCCAGGUAAGUGGGGUUGGGCCUUAGUAAGUUUUGCCAUAGUCAUUUGUUUCAGGGUUGUGCCUGAGCUCUGUAAGCACUUGGAAAUAAAAUAUAUGAUGUAUAGAAUAAAACCAGGAAUGUUUUGGCUAGUCUUUCUUUGGUCAGGUUGCCUUGCAAAAUACUGUACGUCUUAUUUACUAAUUGUGUUAUUUAUUUAUAUCGUUUUGUAUCAUUUAUUUAUUUGAGAAAAUUUGUAUUCUGCCUUUCUGCAGCAAAAUAAAUAGUGUGCAGGGUGACUUGCAAUGUAAUGUUACAAGUAACAUCUUGUUAACAAAUAACGUACAGUGGUACCUUGGUUCCUGAACGGCUUAGUUGUCCAACAAAUUGGCUCCCGAACAGCGCAAACCAGCGUAAGUGUUCUGGUUUGCAAAUGUUUUUCGGAAGCGGAAUGUCUGACGUGGCUUCCACGGCUUCUGCGGCCUUCCACUUGAGUGCAGGAAGCUCCUGCAGCCAAUCGGAAGCCGCGCCUUGGUUUCCAAAUGGUUUUGGGAGUCGAAUGAACUCGCGGAACAGAUUACAGUGGUACCUCGGGUUAAGUACUUAAUUCGUUCUGGAGGUCCGUUCUUAACCUGAAAUUGUUCUUAACCUGAAGCACCACUUUAGCUAAUGGGGCCUCCCGCUGCCUCCGUGCCGCCGGAGCACGAUUUCUGUUCUCAUCCUGAAGCAAAGUUCUUAACCCGAGGUAAUAUUUCUGGGUCAGCGGAGUCUGCAAUCUGAAGCGUCUGUAACCCGAGGUACUACUGUAUGUUCGAGAACCAUGGUAAAAAAAAGAACACCAGUAAAAUAAAACAACAAAAGAGACAAUAGAACACUCACUGAAAUGUGAGUAUCAGACAUUAGGGCCCAAUAAGUCAAAUUAAAAUAUUGUCUAAGAAAUUAUGACUCAGAAGCAGUGGCUGCUUCACCCGCGAUAUACCACUUGGUGAAGCAGACACCAUGCUCUGAUUCUCAUACUGGCCCUGGGCGAUGUAUUGAUUGAUACAUCGCCCAGGCCUGGUUCAUGUAAUGCCAAAGUGGGACUUGUCAUUCUGUCUAAAUGGCCUCAGAAUAUGUGUUGUCAGUUAUGAAAUUUAGCUUUGGUAAAAGUGCCUGGGAAAGUGGAAGAGGUGAUAGAUGUGCUGGGGGAGUGACGUUAAUUCAGGAGCUGCCAUAUAGCAGGCAGAUAAGUAACUGCAGAAGAAUUAGAGCUUGGUUGCCUUUGCUUGUACCCAGACAAGGCUGUAGGCAGAAUUAUUCUACUUGUUUUUUAUUAAAUUUAUAUACCUACCUUCAUCCCAAGAUCACAGGGUGGUUUACAGCAUAAAAAUACAAAGGCAAAGCACAAAACAGCUAACUAACAAGGACAAACCCUUCUCCACAAACAUAUUUAAAAGGCCAUAGUUGUUUAAUCAGCCAAAGGGGUUUUUUUUGCCAUUAAGAGAAAGGAGUACUAUCACAGUGGAAAAGGCCUCCAGCAGUUAGUUACCAGAAAUUUGUAGGAAUGUUGUCGUGCUUAGGCCAGUAACUGCAAUUUAAUAAUAAUUUUGCUUUUUCUCAGGUCUUUCAAGCAGAAAACCCUUUUGACUUCAUGGAGAACAUCUCGCUGGAAGGAAAAACCAAUUUCUUUGAAAAGAGGGUUUCGGAGUAUCAGCGUUUUGCAGUUAUGGCUGACACCAACGAUAACGUUUUUACUCUGGAUGCUGACUUCUAGGAUUGCCUUCUUCAGAAGACGAGUGUUGCAAAAAAUGUUCACGUGCCACUUACCUGCUUGAAAAGCUGCUAUUUCUUCUACUGGAAGUAGAGGGUUCUGGGAACAUUUUUCCAUGUUUCCACACAUGAUGAAGUUUUUUAUAUGACAUAUUUAUUGCAGGUGGUGAUGUAAAUGAUUGUGUGUGUGUGGGUCCUCUUUACCAAAAGUCCCUUUGAUAAUUCAUGCAACUUUUCUACUUAACAGUUUUUGAGUAAUACAAUUGUGGCAUUUGUGCAAGCCUCAAUUUGCUGUUUUAUGUAGAGCAAUAAGGCUGCAGUCCUCAAGAUGGCCCGAGCCACCUUAGGAUGCUGUGCAAGUGCUGCUCAGUGAGUGGAGAGGAGUUCCACUGGCAGAACAGUUCUUACUCUCCCGGGCCACCCCUAAAAUUCUCUUGUUAGUGUAUAUGUAGUGUUGAAGAUGUGUUGCGGUAGGGCUUGAAACGGGGUGGAUCGCAGCAGGCCUUCGGAUCUGCAGGAUCGAAUGGCCCCACAGAAAGGCUCCUGGAAUAUACAUAGUGAUUCCCCCCCCCCAAUUGAUGUUAAUGGGGAGGGAAAAUGAAAGAAAGAGAAUGGUGCCUCUCUCAACUCCCUCCCCUUCUGGCUAGAGCAAACAGCAGGGGUUAGGCAGUGCCAGAUCCUCCACCAUGGUGUCCACCUUUAUCCCAUGCCCCCCCUUAGAAUUGCUUUGGUCAGCUGUGUGUUGAAUCACGGUAAUAACUAAAGCUUUCAUUGCACUGAAAAAUUGUUCUUUCAUUCUCUGGUUUCAUUGAGCUGAGAUACACACUCUCUGCAUUUGAGCAACCAUAUAAGCCAAGAUAUGCACAAGCCCUUUACAUAUACAGUUCCUGUAUAUGUAAAGCAGUUCCUUCCCUCGUUCCUGAGCUAUGAUUAAAGCAGGCCAGCUCUAAUUAACCAUGGUUCCCUGUUUGGUUUGAAUGGGAAACUAGAACUACCUGCUUCUGAAUAAGCCAGGGUAUUAAACCAUAUAUUGAAGUUGGUUUGAUAACCCGCCUUGUUUCAAGGCAGGUAACUGAAGUUUCACGGUUUCAAUGAGACGGGAAGCUGUGGUUAAUUGGAGAUUUCCUGGUUUAAUUGUGGCUCAGGCAGACAGGUUUCAUGUGCAAGCAGAAGGCUUGUAGCUGUGAUCUUCUGAGCUAGACCAGUCCUUCAGAGGAGCCAGCAGAGAUCAUUCCAGGAUCAUUCCUCCUUGUAUCAAAUAGGAUGGAAAGCAAGCUUGAAAAUUGUCUUCCGAUCUGUAUCCAAAGCCAGCAGGUAUUUUGCAAAGUCAAAGUCUUAUGGCUUUCCUUCUGCAGUUAGCCAGGACAUGGACUGAAGGCACGUAAUGCAGUUAGCUUUUUGAAGCAAAUUAAAUAAUAAAUAGGGGUGGGUCUUGUCCAGAGUGUGGAUAAACAACCACUUGGCUACUUCAUGUAUGCCACAUUUUGCUCUUGGAAGGAAAAGUGGGGUACCUAAAUAACACCAAGAGCCAAAGGCAAUAGAUGUUCUUAGUGCUCAGUUGAAAUCAGGGUGCCUGUAUCCUUGGCAUGUUGUUUUGCCAUUGUGCAUGUGCUUUAAAGGGGUACAGGCAUACAAGCAGCUCCUAUUGUGCUGUGCCACAUUUCUGUGACUUAAGAACAGCAGCUAUACAGAAAUGGGAAAGGGUUCAGUGGUCAUGGGAGAGCAGUGGGGGGGGGGUUGGUUGGUUGGGUAGGCAGGUUUUUUUUACACUGUCAUACCUUCUUCAUGAUUGGUCUUAAGCACUGAAUUGGAUUGUUUCACGCUGAAAGCAAUACAGUAUGUUGGAAACUCCGCUGAAUAGCAAAAAUUAUUCUCACUCCACAGGGUAUAAUAUAUUUUCUUGACUGCUUGUUGGGGGUGGGGAACACUAUUUCAAUUAACAAUGCAAGUGGAGCAUACAAUUAACGAGUGCUCAGUUCAGUUGGAAGUGAAUUCAUGUCGUAUGUAAACAUAUCCCUGGGAUGGCGUGGUUGGUAGAACAUGAGACUCUUAAUUCCUGUCUUGUGGGUUCGAGCCCCACGUUGGGCAAAAAAGAUUCCUGCAUUGAAGGGGGUUGGACUAGAUGAUCCUUGUGGUUCCUUCCAACUGCAAUUCUCCUAUGACAUAAAGAUUUGCAGCGCAUGGCAGAGCUAUAGUUGUAGCGCUGACGACUGCAUUAACUGUUGUCACCACAUUUCAAAAUAGCGGGGCUAUACCAGUGUGGACAGUUAGACUAAAUUGCCCUUAGAGAGGCAGAUUGCCGUAGUGGAUAGAGUUUUGGAUAGAAACUGGAGGUCUACGCUCAGAUCACCUUUCAGCUAUGAAACUCACUAGGUGACCUUGGGACAGUCACACACACAAAACGUUCCGCUGCACCUACCUCGCAGGGUUCUUGUGAUAAUUUUGGGCAGCGGGUGUCCUGCUUGUAGCUUUGAGUUCCUUGAAGAGAGGACACGGAAGGAGUAAAUAAGAAAAAUAGGCAAUUACUUCUACAGGUCAGGGAAGGGUGGGUUCCUUCCCUGGCUUAAGAUUAUUUCAUUUUAACCUUCUCAAUAGAGGUUUCUGUUAAUUCAACUAUUUUUUGCAACGAAACAUGGUUUAAAUUCAUGUAACUUAUAAAGAACGUUUAUGUGUACUUCAGAAAAGGAAUAUGACGACUGGCUGUUUUAACACUUUAUUUUCUUUAGAAACCAUAAUUCUGGUUACUCAAAACAAGUCCAGCCUCUGCCAUAAUGUGCUCCAGGAGGACUAAUCAUAGAACCUGAAGACUUCUGGCUGGAAACUUUGGCCAUCUGUUCACUGUAGUUCUGACUGCAUGAGUGCCAUGUAGUUGACUAUGUGUCCUAUAAUAUCUCUUGAGUAGACGUCACAAUACAAUAUCAGAAUUGUCUGGUUUUGGUUAAAGUAACUUAUCUUCCUUAUACAGCAUGUACUGUAAGCAUCAAAGCCAGAAACUGGCUGGCCACAGUAGUGAAUGGGGGAAAGAGAGAAAAGUUGAGGUUGAAUAUCUGAAAAGGUUUCAAUCAAGCCAACCCUGUUUGAUGAAUAGUCAAGUCCAUUUCAGCUUUUAAUAUUUCUUAGCCCUUUUGCGUUACCAAGGGCAUUGCAGUCUUUGUCCCCAAUCCAGUUCUAGUCCAUCUAGUGACUGUACAUAAGGGUGGGUAUUCCUAUUUGAAUAAGGACGUCCGGAUGGUUCAGUGGAUCCCAGAUCAUAAUUGCAGUGCGAAUGGCUGAAUGGCCAGAGGUCUUCACAAGGACGCAAAUCAAUUACCUUGCUGGAUCCAGGCAUUCACAACGCAUCUUAUAACAGACCUGUGUGAGGGCUGGUUAAUCCUUUGCCUACAGCAAAUGAGUAAAACAACACAAGAUGGAUUAUAUAGAAACUUCAUGACAGAGCCCAUUAUUUUUGAAAUGCCUGCAAGCAGCUUUACCUGCUCAUUCCUGUGAGCCAGAUGUAUUCUCAAACAUGUUUGCAGUUGUAGGAGACUCUGUCCUGUGACCAAAGAAAUUACAGUAAUAAGGGCCCCCAGUAUGUGAGGAGGACAGGUGUACUAAAGGGGGACAGAAGACAAAGCUUCCUGGUUUGGUGUUCCUUUUGUUUAGAAAAAUAUACAAUGGCACAAAUAAAAUUUGCUGGAAUAGCCUCUA